CGAAUAGAUUAUUAUUUUUUUUUCAUUUGCCAUGUCAGAAUAUCGUUUUCCUUAGCGUCUUUUAUAAAUUAAACGACAAUUCUUAUUUAUUUGCGAUUUAUUAUUUUAUUUGAUAGUAAUUAUUGGAUAAAAUUAAAUUUCGUAACGAAAAUUAUGCCGAAACGAGACUGUCCCUUCGAAGAUCAUCACCUGUUACCCCAGUUGAAAGUACACGUUGGUCAGAAACACGUUAAUAACGGCGUCAAUAAGCAUCGAGAAAUGAGUAAAGUUUACGAAAGGACUCUCAGCUUGUUGAAACACGGCAGUAAAGAGUUUGACCGAAAAUUGUCGAUUAACCAAGAAAGUGAAACGAAAAUGGUCUCUCCACAAAAGAAUCAUCAAGGCAAGACAUCUGGUCUCAAACAAAUGAUCUUUGAUGACAAGUUGAAACUUCAGUCUACUGAACAUAACAUUGAAGUAUCGGAACAAGAAACUUGUCAAGCAUGUAAAACCUUGGCUAUUGUUGCUUACACGAGAUGCUUUUACUGCAAUAAUUUCAAAUGCAGCGAUUGCCUGAAGGCAUGCACCAAGUGUGAGGAAGAUUUUUGCAACAAAUGUUCACUGAUUGUCUACGAAGGGGGAGAACACACAGAAUGUCUUGCCUGUUACCGUUGAAGGUUGAAAAACUUAUCUCAUUUCAUUCUCAAAAUGUUUGCUCUCCAUCCUCUCAACUGAAUUGUGAUAUACUGGUAUUAUUUAUUUAUUCCACUUUUGAAAGAUGAUUAUUGUAUUUUGAAGGUUGUGUAAAAAUGCAUGCUCGAUUUUGUACUAUUAUUUGAUUAAAGUAUCAAUUGAAUUGAAUAAAUUUGCUUCUUUGCACAUUUAA